AUGCAGCCCGUGCCAAGUCCCUUCAUAGCUGCAGUUCUUCCUAGAAGAGCCGCUGAAGCUACCUCAAACCCGGCUGUGGGUACCUUUGGCUCUCCGGAAGCCAUCCCGAUGCACAGCAAUGGACGAGCCCAAGACGAGCCCGAGGACGACGUGUUUGCUGAAGGCUCGAAAUUCGUGUCGCUGAACAAUGUGUCGAUCACGGGUGGUACUAAGCGCCAGACCCGUGCGAGGAAACCUAAAGAAGUGCGGAAGGGGAAGCGUUCUACUUUCGUCCGCACGGGCAAGAAAGGCCGCGCUGAUGCACUUGGUGAUGGCGGUUGUGGAGCAGACACAUACACUCAAGAGAAUGGUCAACAUGCACAUAACGCCUCCUUUCCAGCUGCAGCCGCCACUAUCACUCCCUCCUCCGCCUAUGUCAACGCAGCGGCGGCGACUCAUCAGCUCGCCGCCACUCAGUCAGUCCCUGGCCUGCCCUCAGCCUCUGCCUCCCUUUCAGCUGCAGCCGCCACUAUCACUCCCUCCUCCGCCUAUGUCAGCGCAGCGGCGGCGACUCAUCAGCUCGCCGCCACUCAGUCAGUCCCUGGCCUGCCCUCCGCCUCUGCCUCCCUUUCAGCCGCAGCCGCCACUAUCUCUCCCUCCUCUGCCUAUGUCAUCGCGGCGACUCAUCAGCUCGCCGCCUCUCACACAAUCCCUGGCCUGCCCUCCGCCUCUGCCUCCCCUUCAGCUGCACCCGCCACUAUCUCUCCCUCCUCCGCCUUUGUCACCGCAGCGGCGACUUAUCAGCUCGCCGCAUCUCACUCAGGUCAGCCUGGCUCCGGCCUCAUCCCACAAGCCUCUGCACCCCCUGCUGCCGCUGUGGCGCCCCCUACUGCACAAUUGCAGCCGUCUGGACUCCCAUGGGCACUCCGUGUGCGCAAACAGAAGUCCGCUCUCCCAGACCCUGGACCAUCACAUGUGGAGGCCGGGCCGCUUUUAGCCGUGCUGUGGCAAAGGCACACAUCAGACGACAGGCCAUCGACUGCUCUGCAAUGUCGCCACGGCAACACGGGUGGUACAAUUAACGUCAUCACGGCGUUAGAUGCUUUCCCGGAUGUGAACGGGGACCUUAAGGACCACGUGGAUGAGGCUCUUGAUAUCAUGUUUUUUGACACCCCAGUCACUGAUUUCACAAUGUGGCCUAGUACCGAACGCCUAGAGGCGGCCCUGCGCAAGGCCCUAGGCCUCAAUGAGCCGGAAGAGCAUUUUAUAGUGCGUAUGGUUCUGAAAGCUGACAAGUACAGGAACGGCUACAUUCGUGACAUGAUUCAAGCGUAUCGCAACGACGCAUUGACGGAUGGGCGCAAUUGGGUGUACGACGACUUCGACUUGUACGUGCGACGGCCAAGGCUCGGUGGGAAGAAAGUAGGCACCCUCACGACAGUGCUGUUCUUGGACCAGUACGUUGAAAUGUACCCUCUUUCCCUCCCUGUUUUCCCCUCCCCACCCCAGCAGCAAGCAAUGCCAGCCAAGGCAGAGCCCAACAGUCCCCAGUGUACCCUCUUUCCCUCCCUGUUUUCCCCUCCCCACCCCAGCAGCAAGCAAGGCCAGCCAAGGCAGAGCCCAACAGUCCCCAGUGUACCCUCUUUCCCUCCCUGUUUUCCCCUCCCCACCCCAGCAGCAAGCAAGGCCAGCCAAGGCAGAGCCCAACAGUCCCCAGUGUACCCUCUUUCCCUCCCUGUUUUCCCCUCCCCACCCCAGCAGCAAGCAAGGCCAGCCAAGGCAGAGCCCAACAGUCCCCAGUGUACCAUCUUUCCCUCCCUGUUUUCCCCUCCCCACCCUAGCGGCAAGCAAGGCCAGCCAAGGCAGAGCCCAACAGUCCCCAGUGUACCCUCUUUCCCUCCCUGUUUUCCCCUCCCCACCCCAGCAGCAAGCAAAGCCAGCCAAGGCAGAGCCCAACAGUCCCCAGUGUACCAUCUUUCCCUCCCUGUUUUCCCCUCCCCACCCCAGCAGCAAGCAAGGCCAGCCAAGACAGAGCCCAACAGUCCCCAGUGUACCCUCUUUCCCUCCCUGUUUUCCCCUCCCCCCCCAGCAGCAAGCAAAGCCAGCCAAGGCAGAGCCCAACAGUCCCCAGUGUACCCUAUUUCCCUCCCUGCUUUCCCCUCCCCACCCCAGCAGCAAGAAAGGCAGCCAAGGCAGAGCCCAACAGUCCCCAGUGUACCCUCUUUCCCUCCCUGUUUUCCCCUCCCCACCCCAGCAGCAAGCAAGGCCAGCCAAGGCAGAGCCCAACAGUCCCCAUUGUACCCUCUUUCCCUCCCUGUUUUCCCCUCCCCACCCCAGCAGCAAGCAAGGCCAGCCAAGGCAGAGCCCAACAGUCCCCAGUGUACCCUCUUUCACUCCCUGUUUUUCCCCUCCCCACCCCAGCAGCAAGCAAAGCCAGCCAAGGCAGGGCCCAACAGUCACCAGUGUACCCUCUUUCCCUCCCUGUUUUCCCCUCCCCACCCCAGCAGCAAGCAAGGCCAGCCAAGGCAGAGCCCAACAGUCCCCCAUUGUACCCUCUUUCCCUCCCUGUUUUCCCCUCCCCACCCCAGCAGCAAGCAAGGCCAGCCAAGGCAGAGCCCAACAGUCCCCAGUGUACCCUAUUUCACUCCCUUUUUUUCCCUCCCCACCCCAGCAGCAAGCAAAGUCAGCCAAGGCAGAGCCCAACAGUCCCCAGUGUACCCUCUUUCCCUCCCUGUUUUUCCCCUCCCCACCCCAACAGCAAGCAAGGCCAGCCAAGGGAGAGCCCAACAGUCCCCAUUGUACCCUCUUUCCCUCCCUGUUUUCCCCUCCCCACCCCAGCAGCAAGCAAGGCCAGCCAAGGCAGAGCCCAACAGUCCCCAGUGUACCCUCUUUCACUCCCUGUUUUCCCCUCCCCACCCCAGCAGCAAGCAACGCCAGCCAAUGCAGAGCCCCAACAGUCCCCCAGUGUACCCUCUUUCCCUCCGUGUUUUCCCCUCCCCACCCCAGCAGCAAGCAAGGCCAGCCAAGGCAGAGCCCAACAGUCCCCUGUGUACCCUCUUUCCCUCCCUGUUUUCCCCUCCCCACCCCAGCAGCAAGCAAAGCCAGCCAAUGCAGAGCCCAACAGUCCCCAGUGUACCCUCUUUCCCUCCCUGUUUUCCCCUCCCCACCCCAGCAGCAAGCAAGGCCAGCCAAGGCAGAGCCCAACAGUCCCAGUGUACCCUCUUUCCCUCCCUGUUUUCUCCUCCCCACCCCAGCAGCAAGCAAGGCCAGCCAAGGCAGAGCCCAACAGUCCCCAUUGUACCCUCUUUCCCUCCCUGUUUUCCCCUCCCCACCCCAGCAGCAAGCAAGGCCCAGCUCAGCAGAGCCCAACAGUCCCCAGUGUACCCUCUUUCCCUCCCUGUUUUCCCCUCCCCACCCCAGCAGCAAGCAAAGCCAGCAAAAUGCAGAGCCCAACAGUCCCCCAGUGUACCCUCUUUCCCUCCCUGCUUUCCCCUCCCCACCCCAGCAGCAAGCAAGGCCAGCCAAGGCAGAGCCCAACAGUCCCCAGUGUACCCUCUUUCCCUCCCUGUUUUCCCCUCCCCACCCCAGCAGCAAGCAAGGCCAGCCAAGGCAGAGCCCAACAGUCCCCAGUGUACCCUCUUUCCCUCCCUGGUUUCCCCUCCCCACCCCAGCAGCAAGCAAGGCCAGCCAAGGCAGAGCCCAACAGUCCCCAGUGUACCCUCUUUUCCCUCCCUGUUUUCCCCUCCCCACCCCAGCAGCAAGCAAGGCCAGCCAAGGCAGAGCCCAACAGUCCCCAGUGUACCCUCUUUCCCUCCCUCUUUUCCCUCCCCACCCCAGCAGCAAGCAAAGCCAGCAAAAGGCAGAGCCCAACAGUCCCCAGUGUACCCUCUUUCCCUCCCUGUUUUCCCCUCCCCACCCCAGCAGCAAGCAAUGCCAGCCAAGGCAGAGCCCAACAGUCCCCAGUGUACCCUCUUUCCCUCCCUGGUUUCCCCUCCCCACCCCAGCAGCAAGCAAGGCCAGCCAAGGCAGAGCCCAACAGUCCCCAGUGUACCCUCUUUCCUCCCUGUUUUCCCUCCCCACCCCAGCAGCAAGCAAGCCAGCCAAGGCAGAGCCCAACAGUCACCAGUGUACCCUCUUUCCCUCCCUGUUUUCCCCUCCCCACCCCAGCAGCAAGCAAGGCCAGCCAAGGCAGAGCCCACAGUCCCCAGUGUACCCUCUUUCCCUCCCUGUUUUCCCCUCCCCACCCCAGCAGCAAGCAAGGCCAGCCAAGGCAGAGCCCAACAGUCCCCAGUGUACCCUCUUUCCCUCCCUGUUUUCCCCUCCCCACCCCAGCAGCAAGCAAAGCCAGCCAAGGCAGAGCCCAACAGUCCCCAGUGUACCCUCUUUCCCUCCCUGUUUUCCCCUCCCCCACCCAGCAGCAAGCAAGGCCAGCCAAGGCAGAGCCCAACAGUCCCCAUUGUACCCUCUUUCCCUCCCUGUUUUCCCUCCCCACCCCAGCAGCAAGCAACGCCAGCCAAGGCAGAGCCCAACAGUCCCCAGUGUACCCUCUUUCCCUCCCUGUUUUCCCCUCCCCACCCCAGCAGCAAGCAAAGCCAGCCAAGGCAGAGCCCAACAGUCCCCAGUGUACCCUCUUUCCCUCCCUGUUUUCCCCUCCCCACCCCAGCAGCAAGCAAGGCCAGCCAAGGCAGAGCCCAACAGUCCCCAGUGUACCCUCUUUCCCUCCCUGUUUUCCCCUCCCCACCCCAGCAGCAAGCAAGGCCAGCCAAGGCAGAGCCCAACAGUCCCCAGUGUACCCUCUUUCCCUCCCUGUUUUCCCUCCCCACCCCAGCAGCAAGCAAGGCCAGCCAAGGCAGAGCCCAACAGUCCCCAGUGUACCCUCUUUCCCUCCCUGUUUUCCCCUCCCCACCCCAGCAGCAAGCAAGGCCAGCCAAGGCAGAGCCCAACAGUCCCCAGUGUACCCUCUUUCCCUCCCUGUUUUCCCCUCCCCACCCCAGCAGCAAGCAAAGCCAGCCAAGGCAGAGCCCAACAGUCCCCAGUGUACCCUCUUUCCCUCCCUGUUUUCCCCUCCCCACCCCAGCAGCAAGCAAGGCCAGCCAAGGCAGAGCCCAACAGUCCCCAGUGUACCCUCUUUCCCUCCCUGUUUUCCCCUCCCCACCCCAGCAGCAAGCAAGGCCAGCCAAGGCAGAGCCCAACAGUCCCCAGUGUACCCUCUUUCCCUCCCUGUUUCCCCUCCCCACCCCAGCAGCAAGCAAGGCCAGCCAAGGCAGAGCCCAACAGUCCCCAGUGUACCCUCUUUCCCUCCCUGUUUUCCCCUCCCCACCCCAGCAGCAAGCAAGGCCAGCCAAGGCAGAGCCCAACAGUCCCCAGUGUACCCUCUUUCCCUCCCUGUUUUCCCUCCCCACCCCAGCAGCAAGCAAGGCCAGCAAGGCAGAGCCCAACAGUCCCCAGUGUACCCUCUUUCCCUCCCUGUUUUCCCCUCCCCACCCCAGCAGCAAGCAAGCCAGCCAAGGCAGAGCCCAACAGUCCCCAGUGUACCCUCUUUCCCUCCCUGUUUUCCCCCCCACCCAGCAGCAAGCAAGGCCAGCCAAGGCAGAGCCCAACAGUCCCCAUUGUACCCUCUUUCCCUCCCUGUUUUCCCUCCCCACCCCAGCAGCAAGCAAGGCCAGCCAAGGCAGAGCCCAACAGUCCCCAGUGUACCCUCUUUCCCUCCCUGUUUUCCCUCCCCACCCCAGCAGCAAGCAAGCCAGCCAAGGCAGAGCCCAACAGUCCCCAGUGUACCCUCUUUCCCUCCCUGUUUUCCCCUCCCCACCCCAGCAGCAAGCAAGGCCAGCCAAGGCAGAGCCCAACAGUCCCCAGUGUACCCUCUUUCCCUCCCUGUUUUCCCCUCCCCACCCCAGCAGCAAGCAAAGCCAGCCAAGGCAGAGCCCAACAGUCCCAGUGUACCCUCUUUCACUCCCUGUUUCCCCCCCCACCCCAGCAGCAAGCAAGGCCAGCCAAUGCAGAGCCCAACAGUCCCCAGUGUACCCUCUUUCCCUCCGUGUUUUCCCCUCCCCACCCCAGCAGCAAGCAAGGCCAGCCAAGGCAGAGCCCAACAGUCCCAGUGUACCCUCUUUCCUCCCUGUUUCCCUCCCCACCCCAGCAGCAAGCAAAGCCAGCAAGGCAGAGCCCAACAGUCCCCAGUGUACCCUCUUUCCCUCCCUGUUUUCCCUCCCCACCCCAGCAGCAAGCAAGGCCAGCCAAGGCAGAGCCCAACAGUCCCCAGUGUACCCUCUUUCCCUCCCUGUUUUCUCCUCCCCACCCCAGCAGCAAGCAAGGCAGCACAAGGCAGAGCCCAACAGUCCCCAGUGUACCCUCUUCCCUCCCUGUUUUCCCCUCCCCACCCCAGCAGCAAGCAAGGCCAGCCAGGCAGAGCCCAACAGUCCCCAGUGUACCCUCUUUCCCUCCCUGUUUUCCCCUCCCCCCCCAGCAGCAAGCAAGGCCAGCCAAGGCAGAGCCCAACAGUCCCCAGUGUACCCUCUUUCCCUCCCUGUUUUCCCCUCCCCACCCCAGCAGCAAGCAAGGCCAGCCAAGGCAGAGCCAACAGUCCCCAGUGUACCCUCUUUCCCUCCCUGGUUUCCCUCCCCACCCAGCAGCAAGCAGGCCAGCCAAGGCAGAGCCCAACAGUCCCCAGUGUACCCUCUUUCCCUCCUGUUUCCCCUCCCCACCCCAGCAGCAAGCAAG